AGGAACGUGAUAAAAAUGUUUGACAGACUUGGAGAGAUUAUCCUAACCAAUGAGAGGUAUGGGAGUGAUGCAGAGUUGCCAAAGGUUAUGACAUGGUUCCCGAAGCAGGAAGAUUUUACCCCACCUCCUCCUAUGAGUGAGACAACCUUUGAAAAGAUGGAGAGGAUCAGUGCAGCUAUAAAGGUUGGUCGGAAUGAGAUAUCUGAUAUUUUGUACGGAGGAGAUACUCUUGCAGAGGAGAAGGUUAUUAGAUCUCUAGAACUCAAGAGAGACGCUGCCGGCCUCCUUAAACUCUUCCAGGAUUGUGAAGAAGAUCCGAUUACUAAAUCUGGAGAGGGACAGGAGCUGUUGGCAAAAUGUAGAGCAGGACUUAUUGAUUAUCAGGCCAAUAUUAACACCUUAGACCCUCUGAAGUUUGCUAACGAUAUGAAGAUUGAAAAUGAGUUUAAAAGUGGUUUGGAAAAACUGUUGAUCCCCUGGAUAAAUGAUGCAGAGAAGACGACAAAUAAUCCUCUGGAAAAACCAACCAGUUUUGAGCAUGCGCGGGAACUAGAGAUGAAAUGCGUCAAGUUUGCUAAGGAAGUUAGAAAAGCGAAUAAGCUGCUGGGAAGGAUAGAAGAAGCGGCAAAAAGAUUGUCCAGCAAUCAAACCACUGCAGAGAUGGCAGUAGAAGCAGAGAAAACUCGGUUCCGUAAGAUUGCUAGUAUUGCUGCAACUAGAGUAGAAAGUAUGCGAGAUCUUUUAAUUAGGUGGGAGGAGAUGACUGUAUCUACAGAGAAGGAUAAACUGGAUUUCCAACCUCUCACCAUGUUUCUAAAAUGCUAUGCUGUUUAUUUUUCAUGAAUAAAAUGUCUAAAAUUGCAAGGAAUAAAUUCACAUUGUUCUGUU